AUGAAGAUGCUGCUGAGCCUGAUUGCUUUGCUCUCUGCUGUCUUGUUAGCCAGCACAGCCCCUCCAACUUGCUACUCAAGGGUGUUGUCUCUGAGCAAAGAAAUCACAGAGUCCUUUAAGGAGUUACAGACCUCCAAAGCUGUGGACUCGUGUGUGGAGAUGUUGCCCAGGCUGUACUUGGACAUACAUAAUUACUGUGUGUUGGCAAAACUCCGUGAAUUUGUGGCCUACCCCAGAUGUGAGAGAGUGCUUGAAGUGAGUGAGCUGAAGGAAAAAGCUCGGAGCCUGUACACCAUCAUGAUCUCCUACUGUAGAAGGGAUUUAGUGUUCCUCACUGAUGACUGCAGCGCUCUGGAAAAUCCUAUUCUGCCUCCGAUUGAGCCUUCCAUCACUGACAGCUAA